AUGUCACUGUUGGGAUCGUACCCUUGCACAAACAUCUCGGCGCCCACUAGUUUAAGCAUCACUUCAGCUACAUUCUGUUCAGUCCUCUCCGUUGUAGCUGUAGUAGGAAAUAUCCUUGUGUUUCUGGCAGUAAUUAUUGAUCCAAAUCGCAAUCUACGAUCGCCUUUCAAUUUGCUAGUCGCUAACCUGGCGACAGCCGAUUUAAUAGUGGGUUGUUUUGCAUUGCCAAUGUCGGCGGAGUUCUACGUUCGAGAGGCUUCGACAAAACAAGUUACACUUCUUCCUCGAGAUGACGCAAGACGUGUGGGAACUUUCAUCUCGAGUACAGCAUCGCUUUUUAGUUUAGCUGCAAUGAGUGUGGACAGAUUCUUUGCCAUCACUAACCCUAUGGAAUACAGAGCUAAAUUGAAUUCUCGAAGAGCCACUGUCAUCUUGCUUUCAAUAUGGACUAUCUCCAUUGGGUUUCCCUUUCUGUAUUUCAGUGUCGGCUAUCUAAAAUACCAAUUUUUCUUCGCCAUCACAGCUGUUGUGACAACAUUUGUGGUGCUUUGUUUGACCUACGUGAAAGUUUUCAAAAGUUUUAAAAAUCAAAUCAGGACUUGGGACACGUUACAUCAAGGCUCAGAGAGUUAUAACCACGUCAAGAAGAGAACGAUCAAAUGGGAGAAGAAAGUAACUAAGACAUUUCUGAUCAUGUUGACUCUUUUUAUUUCGUGUUUUCUUCCUUCGUUGAUCCUUAUCCUGAUCAUAAGCUUUUGUGCAAGCUGUAACUGUGAUUUUCUUCACUGGGCGAGAGAUUUGAACUACAUCCUAAUCAUGGCUAAUUCCAGUAUGAAUCCGUUUGUCUUUGCCUGGAGACUUCGGCCCUACAGAGACGCGUUUAUUAAGAUACUAACAUGCGGGGUUAUUGCACGAAGACUGCGAUCAGUCUCUGAACAAAUCAACAUUUCGACGAAUUCAUCAAAUCCAUCUUCCUGA